AUGCUUGCUUCAACGGGCACGAAACUUGAUGUACAAGUCAAGGCUUGCGGUAUGCCGGCUGUCCAUAGACAUAUUUUCAAUGAGCGUAUUCUGUUGGACUCCGUCGAAAGAGGCAGAUCGAGUGGCAAUCGACAGUCUAACGCCUCGAACGUCAAUGAUGCAGCAGAAGUCGGUGAGGGACAUCUACGGGGCCAGACGUCGUGGUCCGAUCCUGUCGAGGUGCACUCAACAAAUCCCGUACGAGGCACACGUAGUUGCGAUGACACUUCCGGAGGAGCCAAAGCCUGUCCUGCGGUCCAAAGUGAGUUCGGAAUGGAAGAGAAAAAUGCCUCCAUACCUUUGGGAAGUGCGAAGCCAUCUCCACAAGGGCUGGAACCAUUCUUCGAAGCGCCGAGUCCAUUACCACGCCAUACCGGUGGUGAUGAAUAUUCAUUGAGGCGAGAAAGCACGACAAGGGGCACCGACACGCGGGCUUCUAUUCCUCAGGAUGGGAGUAUAGGUGUCACGGAUCUCGGCUUCAUAUCAUGGGAAGGAAUCCCAUUGGCUGCAGCAAACUCAUCGACGCUCGUUUCGCCGAUCAUAAACGGCAUGGAGAGGGCUGACACGUCGCAAAUAUUGCAGCCAAUGCCAUUCGGUGAAGAGAACAUCCUCAUGAAUGGCAGCGAAGUGCUAAUCUCGCAUCGCGCGGUUGCUGAGAGUACUCAGAUGCACGGGUGGUCAGGUAUUCCAUCGCUGAAUAUGCCGGAUGAUGGCGAGCGGUAUCUGUCUUCGAUGCAAUUCUCCCGCUCCGAUGAUCAACCUUCAGCCCACGACAUCACCUGGGAUUACUCAUCCAAUAUCGCCAUGGAUGUUGACGACAUGGGGGCCGCCAUGCAUCGCUCAGCCAACGAGUAUAGCUUCAAUGUAGACGUUGGCGAAGGCGAUAUUGCUGCAAAGGUCAUAGCACGUAGCCUUUAG